AACGUGCCGAGGAUCGUGGACUGCCACGCGGUUGACCCUGGAGUUGAAUUCAGGCUGGUCUGGGCAGAGCCAGCAGUCUUCCCACUGGACCUGGAAAGUAAUGGUCACUGUCUUCCAGGUUCCUUCAGGGCUGGGUUUGUCGGCCGGCUCCAGCCUUCCGGGACAGGGCUUCCUGAAGGUGCUGCCCUCCUUCCUUGUCCACUCUUGCCCUUCUGCUGUGGAUGACCCACGCCCAGGGCCAGGACUGUCAGAGAGAAAGGUCUACAGUUCACAUUUUUUUCUUUGCUCAUGAAGUGCCAAAGAUUGGUUUCAGAAGGGAAGUGUCAAAACAAUUGUCGAAAAGAGAAGAAUAUUCCCUUCCUCUUCUCGGGUCAGACCAAGCAAGGGAGUUAACGGGUGGGGAGUGGAGGACCCUGGUGAGUCAUCUGAGAUUAAACAUGGGUUGGCAUCUCUGGGCCUGUGUGGGGAGGGAGCAAGCUGGGGCACUGCCCUCAGGCAGAGCCCAGUGCUGGACCCCCAGUGAUGGCGCGUUACCCCCAGGGCCCCGACUCCCAAUGCUGAAUACCUGACACCAGGAUCAUUUCCAUGUAGGCUGCUUGUCACUUGCCAUUUUAGCCCCGUGCCUGUCUCUCUUCCUUGUUCGUUUUCCUUUUUAUCACGGUUUAUACUAUGCUGUUCUUGAAAGGAAUGUUGUGCGUGCGGACCUGUGCCGCUUGGGGUGUGUGGGGCCCCUGCAAGUGUCCUUUGAUGUUGGGAAGGAAAAGGCAUUCCUCUCCCUUCUGAGCGUGUUCUGCACAUUGAUGAACAUUUGCAAAUUGCUUUGAGAUGCGUUAAUUUAAGGUGUGAAAUAAUAGAUCUUGUGCGAAGGCUCAGCCACAUUUCUGGCAUUGAUGGAUUUCUCUCCCGUCUGGCCUGCGAUUUGGGGAGGUAAAAAUAGUCCUUGUUCCUACAUUUUUAUCUUUAUUUAUUUAUUUAUUUAGUUUUGCUGAUGUCAUUCUUAGGAAGUGGUGUGCACAUACCACGGGCCUUUCUUUUGGCCAUCACUUCGGAUGGUUGCCAGAAUGCUGAUGACCAGAAUGUGGAGCUUUGGGGAGCAAGGCUGCUCCUGGCAUGUGUGUGGGGCGUCAUCUGGGGUGGUCUGAGCACCUCCCGGGGGGUCUGUGAAAUGGCUUCGAAAUGAGUGGGUGGUAGAUGAUGACCAGGAUUGGCCAAAGAUCUUCAGUGGCUUUUUGGUAUGUGACCAUCUUCUAAUGUCUGACUUUUGGGUAGUGACAAGAUGGCCUUUGGAGAAAAGGUUUUAUGUUUUAUGUUUAUUUUUUUUUUAGACUUGUAUUUUUUUAAGUUAAGCUGUAUGCCCAUUGUGGAGCUUGAACUCACGACCCCGAGAUCAAGAGUCAGACGUUCUACCGACUGAGCCAGCCAUGUGCCCCGAAAAUAUUUUUAUUUUAAAAAGAAAAAAAUCAGCCUGUGCCUUGUGAGGCUGGCAUGCAGGAUGGCCGGACAGCCCAGCCACAUGCCCCACGGAGGGAGCCCGAACAACCUCUGCCACACGCCGGGGCCCGCACACCCUCCUGACCCACAGAGGCACCCGAACACCCUGUCUUUUCGCUGCUCGCUGGCAGACUUCCAGAUCGAGAAGAAGAUAGGCCGAGGACAGUUCAGCGAGGUGUACAAGGCCACCUGCCUGCUGGACAGGAAGACGGUGGCUCUAAAGAAGGUGCAGAUAUUUGAGAUGAUGGACGCCAAAGCCAGGCAGGACUGCGUCAAGGAGAUUGGCCUCCUAAAGCAACUAAAUCAUCCCAACAUCAUCAAGUAUUUGGACUCGUUUAUUGAGGACAACGAGCUGAACAUUGUGCUGGAGCUGGCCGAUGCGGGUGACCUCUCGCAGAUGAUCAAGUACUUUAAGAAGCAGAAGCGGCUCAUCCCCGAGAGGACGGUGUGGAAGUACUUCGCACAGCUGUGCAGCGCCGUGGAACACAUGCACUCUCGCCGGGUGAUGCACCGAGACAUCAAGCCUGCCAACGUGUUCAUCACGGCCACGGGUGUCGUGAAGCUUGGUGACCUCGGCCUGGGUCGCUUCUUCAGCUCCGAGACCACUGCAGCCCACUCCCUAGUGGGGACGCCGUACUACAUGUCACCGGAGAGGAUCCACGAGAAUGGCUACAACUUCAAGUCCGACAUCUGGUCUCUGGGCUGUUUGCUGUAUGAGAUGGCAGCUCUCCAGAGCCCCUUCUAUGGAGAUAAAAUGAAUCUCUUCUCCCUCUGCCAGAAGAUCGAGCAAUGUGACUACCCACCUCUCCCUGGAGAACAUUACUCUGAGAAGUUGCGAGAACUGGUCAGUAUGUGCAUCUACCCCGACCCCAACCAGAGACCGGACAUCGGAUAUGUGCACCAGGUUGCCAAACAGAUGCACGUGUGGACUUCAAGCACCUGAACGUGGACGCGGCGUGCCUUAGCAGAGCCGCACCACUUUGCCUUACUUGAGUCUUCUCUCCAAAGUGGCCGCCUGGUAGCCUAGAUCAACUAAGACAAGAGGGUUCAGCGGGUUCCCCGAGGGGGCCGGGCUUUACAGCAGAUGCCGAAUGCAGAGCAGCUGGGGGGAGGGGCACUGGUCACACGUUAACUGGUGGUCAAAUUCGAAAGUCCUUUCUUUAAACUUUUGUGGACAAUCUCAGCUGGGUUGUUACCAAGGGUGAGUGGUUCGGCGAGCCACUGACGCGCCCCAUGUGUCUGGACUGUAAUGUGAAUCUUGAGGAUAAUUCCUUCAGUGACCUGUCAAGGUUUGUAAGAACAGGGGGGUUGCAGGAGACGGUGUGAUUUGUAGUGAGCCUUUCAAAAUGGUUAGUAGCAAGUUCGGUUUAGCUCUUAGAAUCUUUUUUAAAAAAUCAAGCUGUGUGCUUGCUCUGUUGUAAAAGGAUAAGGUGGAAAUUUUUUUUUUUUAAGCAGAGUGAUUUUCCUAAUAUUUUAUCUAUGUUUAUAACUCGAUGAAUGACGAUGAGGAGAACUCAGCAUCUGGCACAGAGCUUCAGAAGGCAAAUAAUAUUGGGAAGCCACGUGUGCCUUCCAUGCAGUCCGGCUCAGCCGCCUUCUCCUGAACACCUGCCGUGUAGCAGGCACUUCCGUCACCUGCUUCAGUGCCGGCAGGUCACUUAACAAUCAGUGUUAAGCGUUGUCCUCCGUGGGAAGGAAGCAUGGGGUACAAAAAAAACCAAAAAACAAAUAUAAAACAUGCCCUUGGGCUGUUCUCUGUGCAAGUUCUGGUUCUGCAACUUCCCGCCGCGACCCUGGGCAUCUUCCUUAGCCUGAGCCUUAAUUUCUUCAUCUGUAAACUGGGACUAAGACUAUCUACCUUCAGCGUUGCUGACAGAAUUUGAAAUAAAAUCUGCAAGUUACCUAGCAUCAUCGCCUUGCAGACGAUCCCAAAAUGGUUGCCACUCCCCCCUUCACAAAACUGACCCAUGGACCAUGUAAGUCAAGAGUUAACAUACAGUUGUAUCAUGCAUAGGAAACCAGAACUAUGUUCAUUUAUUUGUUCCCAAAUAGGAUUAACUGUGAAGACUAAUUUAUAAAUGUGAACUUAAGGAAAACUCAAGCUCUGAAGGAAAUCGUUUGCUUAUACUCAAGUUAAUCCUCAAAUGGUCUAAGUUGUCACCCGCUGACUUGGUGACAGUUCAGCCCUCCAGCUAGAUAGAGACAUGCCCGCCCGCUCUGUUAGCGUUCUGGUCAGGUGGUCCGCUUGCAGCCAACUUGCUGACCAGGGGCCCAGGCCUCCCUGGGGAUAAAGGACUUGGGCUGGGCCACUGCUCUGUUUCCAUGUGUGAACUCUGUUCUACUGUAACACUGUCGGGUUUGAGACAUUUUCUUCAGAUGCAACCUUUGCUUUGUACUUGUUCUCCAUGUUUGAAAUAAAAUGGGGUAAGAGGGGUCA